AUGAAGUCGACAAUCUUCAUCGCACUCAUCCUGGGAGCUGUCGCGCUACUCGCAACGCAAACAGCUGCCAUUCCGACCGAAUCGGACACUGCCAUCGGCGGCGCUACGCUCAAUCGACGCAAGCUAUUCUGCUACGCCACUCCCCCACCAAUCAAAGCCGAGGAUUCGAACAUGAAGGCGAUUCGCCUCAAAGUCAUGGCAGCAACGAUGCUCGUUGCAAUGGUCAGUGUCAUUCCAUCAUCUGCUGCUCCUCCUGGACAAGUCUUUGGCGCUUCGCCGGGUGACAGCAUCGCGACACUUUUGGCUCGGCAAGAAAUGGUGCACCCUUGCCACGAGACUGUGCAGACUUGCUGCAAGCCAUAUACAUGCGGGGUGUACGGUCAACAGACCUGCUAUAGGAAGACGUUGUGCAACCACGACCACCCGCCCAAAGACCCGCCAUUCUCUGCGUCGCCGCCAACGCUAGGACAUGAUCCGAAGAAUCCCCAUCCCCCUCGUCGUUGA